AUGCACUGGCUCCCAGCAGGCCACGACAUCAACGGCGCCCUGGAGCCCUCCAACAUAGACACCAGCAUCCUGGAGGAGUACAUCAGCAAGGAGGACGCCUCUGACCUCUGCUUCCCUGACAUCUCUGCUCCAGCCAGUGCGGCCUCCUACCCCCACGGGCAGCCAGCGAUCCCCGGCUCCAGCGGGGUCCACCACCUGAGCCCCCCCGGGGGCGGACCCUCCCCGGGUCGCCAUGGCCCCCUCCCACCCCCGAACUACAGUGCCCCGCUCAACUGCAACAACAACAACGGCAUGGGUGCUGCUCCCAAGCCCUUCCUGGGGGGCUCUGGGCCCCCCAUCAAGGCAGAGCCCAAGGCUCCCUAUGCCCCCGGCACGCUGCCAGACUCCCCCCCAGACUCUGGCUCCGAGGCCUACUCCCCCCAGCAGGUGAAUGACCCCCAUCUCCUGCGCACCCUAACCCCUGAGAGCCUGUGCCAUGUGGGGGUGCCCUCACGCCCGGAGCACCCCCCACCGCCGCCCCCGCCGCCCCCGCCUCACUACCCCGUCCUGCAGCGGGAUCUGUACAUGAAGGCUGAGCCUCCGAUGCCCCCCUACGCUGCCAUGGGGCAGGGGCUGGUGCCCACCGAUCUCCACCAUACCCAGCAGUCCCAGAUGCUGCACCAGCUGCUGCAGCAACACGGAGCCGGAGCCGAGCUCCCCACACACCCCUCCAAGAAGAGGAAGCACUCCGAAUCACCCCCCAACACCCUCAAUGCCCAGAUGCUGAAUGGAAUGAUCAAACAGGAGCCCGGGACCGUGACAUCCCUGCCACCGCACCCAGCUCGAGCCCCAUCCCCACCCUGGCCUCCCCAGGGCCCGCUCUCACCUGGCCCUGGCUCCUUGCCCCUCAGCAUCGCCAGGGUCCAGACGCCACCUUGGCACCCACCAGGUGCACCCUCACCAGGUCUCCUUCAGGACAAUGAUAGCCUCAGUGGCUCCUACCUGGACCCCAACUACCAGUCCAUCAAGUGGCAACCACAUCAGCAGAACAAGUGGGCGACACUGUACGAUGCUAACUACAAAGAGCUGCCCAUGCUCACCUACCGCGUGGACGCCGACAAGGGUUUCAACUUUUCGGUGGGCGACGACGCCUUCGUGUGCCAGAAGAAGAACCACUUCCAGGUGACGGUGUACGUCGGCAUGCUGGGCGAGCCCAAGUACGUCAAGACGCCCGAGGGCCUCAAGCCCCUUGACUGCUUCUAUCUGAAGCUGCAUGGAGUGAAGCUGGAGGCCCUCAACCAGUCCAUCAACAUCGAGCAGUCGCAGUCGGACCGAAGCAAGCGGCCCUUCAACCCUGUCACGGUCAGCCUGCCCCCUGAGCAGGUCACGAAGGUGACUGUGGGGAGGCUGCACUUCAGCGAGACCACCGCCAACAACAUGCGCAAGAAGGGCAAGCCCAACCCUGACCAGAGGUACUUCAUGCUGGUGGUGGCCCUCCAGGCCCACGCACAGAACCAGAACUACACGCUGGCCGCCCAGAUCUCAGAACGCAUCAUCGUGCGGGCCUCCAAUCCGGGCCAGUUUGAGAGUGACAGCGAUGUGCUGUGGCAGCGGGCGCAGGUGCCCGACACCGUCUUCCACCAUGGCCGUGUGGGCAUCAACACAGACCGGCCCGAUGAGGCGCUGGUGGUGCACGGCAACGUCAAGGUCAUGGGCUCGCUCAUGCACCCCUCGGAUCUGCGGGCCAAGGAGCACUUGCAGGAGGUGGACACCACCGAGCAGCUGAAGAGGAUUUCGCGCAUGCGGCUGGUCCACUACAGAUACAAGCCAGAGUUUGCCGCCACUGCUGGCAUCGAGGCCGCGGCGCCAGAAACGGGUGUCAUCGCUCAGGAGGUGAAGGAGAUCCUGCCUGAGGCCGUGAAGGACACUGGAGACGUGGUCUUUGCCAAUGGGAAAACCAUAGAGAACUUCCUGGUGGUGAACAAGGAGCGCAUCUUCAUGGAGAACGUGGGUGCUGUGAAGGAGCUGUGCAAGCUGACGGACAACCUGGAGACGCGCAUUGAUGAGCUGGAGCGCUGGAGCCACAAGCUGGCCAAGCUGCGGCGCCUCGACAGCCUCAAGUCCACCGGCAGCUCGGGCGCCUUCAGCCACGCAGGGAGCCAGUUCAGCCGGGCAGGCAGCGUCCCCCACAAGAAGAGGCCCCCCAAGGUGGCCAGCAAGUCAUCGUCUGUGGUCCCAGACCAGGCCUGCAUCAGCCAGCGCUUCCUGCAGGGAACCAUCAUCGCCCUGGUGGUGGUCAUGGCCUUCAGCGUGGUGUCCAUGUCUACACUGUAUGUGCUGAGCCUGCGCGCCGAGGAGGACCUGGUGGAAACUGAUGGCAGGUCCAGCCAGAGCUUUGGGACCACUCAGCUCCGACAGUCCCCUGUGACCACUGGGCGGCCGGGCACGCAGCCCUCUCUGCUGCUGGUUACCACUGGCCCGACCAGCUCGGCCCCAGCUCCAGCCCUCCGCACCUUGGACCUGUGCUCCAGCCGCCCCUGCCCAGUCGUCUGCUGCUCCUCGCCCAGCCCCAGCCCCACCCCUGACCCUAGCCUUGGCCCCAGCUUUAAUCCUGGCCGUGGUCUCAGCCCCGGUCCCGGCCCCUCCACCAACCGCUCAGGCCCCAGCCAGAUGGCCCUGCUGCCAGCCACCAACAUCAGAGCCAAGUCCUGGGGCCUGUCAGCCAAUGGCAUUGGCUACUUCAAGCAUCCAAAGAACUCGGACCCUGUGGCCAGCCCUGCGGUGCCCUUUCCUGGAGGCCUGGGCAAAGCCAAGAACAGCCCAAGCCUUGGUCUCCAUGUCCGGGGCCGCCGAGGGGCCCCUCAGCUUGGCCUGAGCUCUGCUCAGCCCACCCAGACCUGGAGCCAGCCAGACCCAGUGCCGUCCCUGACCUCCAUCCAGGUGCUGGAGAAUUCGAUGCCCAUCACGUCCCAGUACUGCUCCUCAGAGGAUGCCUGCAGGCCUGGAAACUUCACCUACCACAUCCCCAUCAGCAGCAGCACGCCGCUGCACCUCCGCCUGACCCUGCAGAUGAACUCCUCGGCCCCCGUGUCCGUGGUGCUGUGCAGCCUGAUGUCAAAGGAGGAGCCGUGUGAGGAGGGGGGCUUUCCACAGAGCCUCCAUGCCCACCAGGACACCCAGGGCACCUCCCACCAGUGGCCAGUAACCAUCCUGUCCUUCCGCAGAUUCACCUAUCACUUCCGGGUGGCAUUGCUGGGUCGGGCCAGCUGCAGCCCGGAGGCCCCGGCCUGGCCGGCCGCAGACUACUACUUCUGCUUCUACCGCCUGUGUGACUGA